AUGAAUGACGAUGACGACGUGGAAGAGUUCAGCAAAAAGCAUGUAGUGGAAAAAAGGCUGGUUACACAGUACCUGGAACAUCUUCGCGAACUAGAAAGAAGGAAAAAAAAGAGGGAAGAUAGCAGAAAGUGCGCAAAUCUGGAAGAAAAGAGAAAGACCUUUGAAGAUUACAACUGGAAAGCUAUUUACAGGGAAGGAAAAAUAAAGAAACUGAAAGUUGUUGUAUUGGACAUGUAUAUAUCAAUGAGAAAUUUGAAGCAGUCGAAAGGGGCGUUAAAGCAAGAAAAAGUCGAUAUCGUAUCACUUGACAUAGCAAAGUCGCUAGUCCCUGAUAACCGUCAACUUUCUGAAGUUGACAGAGAUAGUAACAACCAGGAUUCUGGUGACGACGAUGUUGUCGAGCAGGAGAUUGGAAGUGAUGAGGAUGAUAUUGAUUCUGACGACGAUGAAGGACAAAUUUAUGAAGGUGAUGCGGGAGAAGAGGAGGAGGAGGAAGAGAACAUUUCCAACAUUUUGCAGACCACAAGAUCUGGUAGAUUUCAAAUGAUGUACUAUUUAAUGCAUGUAUAG